CGGAAGUAUAAUAAUAGCCCAGUAAGCACUCUUGUCCAUGAAUGAGCUCCAAGGAUGCUUGGCGGGCAUAAUAGGAAUUAACCAAGGUCGAUGUGUACAAUACUUCGAAACAAUUAUGUUUGCAGUGCCCCCCAUGUUGAGUAUCUCUUGGAUACUAUUUCUGGUUGUGUAUGUGAAGGUGAAAGAAGAAACUUAAUGAGUCGAGGGGAUUCUUCU